AUGUGUGGGAUCUUCUUCUCAUUGAGUUCAUCAAGCUUGACACCAUCAACACAGGAGACUUGCAAUCUGCUUAAACAGCGAGGGCCAGACAGCUGUAAAACUCUCACGUUGCAAAAAGAUAUCAAGGGACAGGAUGGGUCAACUUCACCCCUGUCCUAUUAUCUCACCUUCACGUCGACAGUCCUUUCAUUGAGAGGUGACCAUGUGUACGCCCAGCCACUUGUAGACCCCACAACCCAGUCUGUGCUCUGCUGGAACGGAGAAGCCUGGAAGAUCGGCGGGGAGCGCGUCCAGGGCAACGAUACUGAGGAUGUGUUCAACUUAUUCCUGCAGGCUGUCCAGUGUGAAACUAACGAUGCUGUCGAAAGAUUGGCUAAAGCUAUUGAGAGUCUCUCUGGGCCAUUCGCCUUUGUGUUCUAUGAUGCGGUUCACUCAAGAGUCUUCUACAGCAGAGAUUGCCUUGGGAGAAGAUCUCUCCUGGAAGGAUUCGAUGAGAAUGGCAACCUGAAGAUUUGCAGCAUUUGCGAUAGCUCAUCGAUUUCUUGCUUCAGGGAGGUCGGCACAGAGGGCGUUUAUACGAUUGAUCUUGAACGUCCUCAGGAUCCUAUGGUUUCUCCCAGAGAAUUAUGCCAGAUCAAGACCUUGCCGUGGAGCUCGGAUCCUUCACCACUGGCAGGUCAUAUUAGAAAACCAAUUCCUCCAAUGAACACAUCAUUACCAACAGAGCAGCCCCCUGCACUGACGACAGACUCUCCAUUUGUCAAGGAGCUUGAGUCAAUGCUACGACAGUCACUAGAGUUGAGGAUACAGAACGUACCAGAGCCACCAAACUACCUUCUAGGCAAGACAGCAAAAACUGCAGUUCUCUUCUCCGGUGGCCUAGACUGCACACUCCUCGCAAGACUCUCUCACGACAUCAUUUCUCUCGAAGAACCAAUUGACCUCCUGAAUGUGGCCUUUGAAAACCCAAGGGUGGCAGCUGCUGCAAAAGCCAACCAACAAAACUCAUCAUCUCCAUCACUCUCAAUCUACGAAAAUUGUCCAGACCGAAUGACCGGCCGUUCCGCACAUAGCGAACUACAAAAAACAUGCCCAGGGCGUACCUGGCGAUUCAUCGCCAUCGAUAUCCCCUAUUCUGAAACUCUGGCACACCGCGAGCAGGUAAAACGUCUAAUGAGGCCACACAACACCGAAAUGGAUCAAUCCAUCGCAUGCGCCUUAUACUUCGCAUCUCGCGGACAAGGGACAAUCCAAACCAGCUCAACUGAUCCACAUUCACACCCACCAUCUUACACAACGUCCGCCCGUGUUCUCCUUUCGGGCCUAGGGGCAGACGAGCUCUUCGCCGGCUACGGCCGCCACGGUGUUGCUUUCAACCGCGGCGGAUUCCAAGACCUCAUCUCCGAGAUUAACCUCGACGUCAGCCGUCUUGGCUCGCGGAAUCUUGGUCGGGAUGACCGCGUCCUCUCUCACUGGGGCCGGGAGACUCGAUUCCCGUACCUAGACGAAGAGUUCGUGGCUUGGGUGUCGCGGGCGCCGGUGUGGGUGAAAUGCGGUUUUGGGCUUCCUGAGACAGAAGCUACAGCUGAUAUCGAUUCCGAGAAAUUGGCGUUGCGGCUUGUUGCCCUUCGGCUGGGCUUGUCGAAAGUUUCUCGUGAGAAGAAGAGGGCCAUUCAGUUUGGGGCGAGGACUGCGAAGAUGGAGACGGGCAGGUCGAAGGGGACGGAUGCUUUGAGCUGA